GGAUGACCAGUGGGGGGACAGUUUUGCCCCUGGGUUUUUUCUUGGUUUCCCUUGCUGCUUGCCCUUUUGUGCAGUCCAUUGACUGUUUUGUCCCUUCCGUCCGCGUGUCAGUCAUCUACCCGCUCUCUUUCGUCCGUCUUCUGGAUUUUUCUCUUCGUAUUUGCUGCUUUCUCACAGAUUUCUCUUAUCUUCCUCUCGAACUCGCCCUUUCUCGCUCUCAAUUUUUGGUGCCUGGUGGAUUCCGGCUAGCUCCGCAGCGGUUAAACCAUAGAAAUCAUCAUUCAUCGGGUCUCUAUUUCGAUUCCUCGGUGUGCUGGUCAAAAUACCAAACUUUCCAGAUUCGUUCGAACACUUGCAGGAAGAAAUAACGAGGCGGUUGAAGUGUAGUAUGAAGGUUUACUUUGAAGCCAAGGUUAUGAAAAAAGAGUGGUUUGUACAGUAGCUAAGUACAUAUAAGUGUAUAUCUCUGUGUAUGUGUUUGUAUCAUUUGUUUUGAUUGUGAUUCUUGGUUUUGCGAUUAGGAUUUUUGGAAGGAGGCUUCGAUUCAAUUAUUGGAAUAGAUAAUAUUUAUUGAAACUUCAAUGGGUUAGUAGAAGCUGGCUGUUUGCAAUGGCAAGAACAUCAGUAUAUAUACAUUGGAAUUUGUUGCGCUAGGAUAUGAUGAAGUGGAAAGGAACCUGAUGGAAUGGGAGUUUUGCUGCUUAAGAUAAAGAAUGGAGGUGCAAUAUAAGCGACUGUAAAAGAUGUUGACUAUGCUUUGGUUGAUCAAAAAAUAGAAACUGCACAUCUGUAUUAUGAGAGAAAAUAGAGAGCAAUCUGUCUCAGUUUUAGAAUGUACUGGAAUCAAAAAAGCUAACUCAAGCUGCUAUUUCAAAGCUGGAGGAGGCAUUGUUGAUUAAUCCUAGGAAAUAUGAUGCUCUGUGAUGCUGAGAAAUGCUUAAACUGUUUGCGCAUUAUGCACUCUGAACCAGAAUGAGGCAAAUGUUCCAAAAGGUGUUGUAUUGCUUCCAGAAGGCUUUCAUUGAGAUUUCUCUCCCUCCAUAGCAAAGAAGCAAAGCAUCUCCAAUCCCUGUGAAACACCACCGCGUCUUCUUUGCUUUCCCUUGAGUUCCAAAAGGUUCUUCUUGGCAGCCAAUCAUGACUGCAGACACAACAACUUCAAGUUACUGGCUCAACUGGAGGGUCUUGCUCUGCACGAUAUGGAUUUUGAUUGCGAUGACUCUUUCGGUGAUUCUGGUUUACAAAUACGAAGGAAGACCGCGCCGUUCAAAGCGCGGUAGCAGCGGAGAAAACCAGCAACAAACGUCUGCAGGAACAUUGUUUGAGGAUGAGACUUGGAGACCAUGCCUCAAGGGAAUUCACCCGGCUUGGCUUCUGGCUUUUCGGGUUUUCGCUUUCUUUGUGCUCUUGGUUCUGCUCAUCGUUACCGCUUCCGUGGAUGGAGGCAGCAUUUUUCUCUACUACACACAGUGGACUUUUACUUUGAUCACAAUUUAUUUUGGGCUUGGAUCGUUGCUCUCCAUUCGGGGAUGCUACCGCUACCAUAAGAAAACUGCCGGCGAUAGGGUUGAUAGUUUUGAGGUGGAUACAGAGCAAGGCUCGGCUCAUGUGACUCCUUCACAUGGAGGUUCUUCCAAAGAUUCAAUCAUAGAGAAACCCUCAGGCCCCCAUGUCGAACAACCUCAAGUUCGCCAACUUGCUGGCUUUUCGGGUUAUAUCUUCCAAAUAAUUUUCCAGAUGAAUGCCGGCGCUGUCCUUCUCACGGAUUGUGUCUUCUGGUUCGUACUUGUUCCUUUUCUUACAAUCAAAGACUACAACUUGAAUUUUCUGAUCAUAAAUAUGCACACGAUCAACGCAGUUUUCUUGCUCGCUGAUACCGCGUUGAAUAGCUUGCCAUUUCCCUGGUUCCGAAUCGGGUAUUUCUUCCUGUGGACAAUCGUUUAUGUAGUUUUCCAGUGGCUCUUCCAUGCUUGUGUCAAGCUCUGGUGGCCGUAUCCAUUUCUAGACUUGUCAUCUCCAUAUGCUCCGCUGUGGUACUUGUCGGUCGGUCUACUGCACAUCCCAUGCUACAGCAUUUUUGUUCUGAUAAUGAAGCUCAAACACCAUCUGUUUUCGACGCGAUACCCUGAAUCGUAUCAUGCGCGAGGUAGUUCAGGCGUCGAGCUGAAACCAGACAUCGUAUAGUAUCCCGAAAGAAAUAUACUGCCGAAAUUCUUCGUAGAAGGAGAGCAGACAGAAGUCCAAAGAUCCGAGUUUAGGGUUAUGGAGACAAUGCCUUCAACAGGUUAAAGGAAAUUGUUUGCUUGGUGAUUAAGUUUUGGAUGCUCAAAGCAUUUCCUUAAUCAAUGGCAUAUACUUGUAGGUUGCAACUUGCAACUGCAUGCACAUUAGGCAAUCAGAAGGAAGUUGCAUUAUAUAUUUUCUACCAUUCAAUUAAUCUACUUUUGUAAAUUCCCCACAAUUUUUUUUUUAUAGCCAAAAUAGUCUUAGAGAUUUGACAUAAUUCCUUAUUUUGGUUCCUGAGGUUUAAAAUCAAUAGAAGUGACCUUUGAAUUUGUCCACUGCCAAUCAUUCUGGUAUUUCCAUGAAGUUGCCCUUGAGUUUGGCCAAUUGUAUAUUAAAUUGAAAACAUUUUUGUUAUUUUGAUCCUUAUUUAACAGAGAUUUCUCAAUUGAACGACCAAAGUGGUUGACUGUGGUGUGGACAAACUCAGGAGUCAUUUCUAUCUAUUUCAAAUCUCAAGGACCAAAUUGAAGAGUUAUGCCAAUCUCAUAGACCAUUUUAGCUUAAAUGCCUUUAUAUACUCAUUCCAAGAGAAUUCCGAUGUGAAGUCGGAACCCAAUUAAUUAAUU